GAUGGCCGAGAGAAGUUUCACCAUGAGUGGACACUCAGUCAAUACCAAUAUUGAUGCUGUUAUGGAAAAAGCAGAGAUGUCAGCACAGUUAAGAAAGAUGAAAAGAGACCAGAAGGCUUAUAAGACCCAGACCAUGAAGAAGAUCUCCAAGCAAGAACAGAUGAUUAAAAAUCUGCUUAAAGAACAAGAGGAGCUUCGUAAAAGACUUGCUGCCCGCGGUUUGACUCAACAACGCAAGGACAGUAAGGAUCUGCAGGCUCUACUAAAGCAAAACGAGACUUUAGAUAGAGAGAUAGCGGAGGAGAAGCAACGUCAAAAACAGCUGCAGAUGCAGAUUCUGAGCACGGAGUCCAAGUUGGCAGAUAUGAAAAAAGAAAGAGCAGUCAGCAGUAAUCCAUCCCAAAGAUUAAAGGCAGGGAGGACUGUGCGUAAUUUGGAAGACAGGCUGCACAGAGCUACCAUCAAAUACAAUGAUAUGAUGACCCAAAACGACCGAGUGAAAGAAGAGGUGGACACACUUUAUCGCGAGCGAGACAAGUUUCAAAAAUUGCGAAACAACCUUACCAAGGAGCAGCAGAAAAUCUGCAAGAGCAAGGAUAAAAUAAUUAAGGAGUGGAACGCUGCUCAUGAGUUCUGUGAGAAGGCUCGGGCUGAGAAGAAGAUGCUGAUUGAGAAGGAUAUGAAGGCCCUUGCUCAGUACAACAAAGAAGUGAAAGAACUAGAGAGGGUUAUUGCACAUGAUUCCAAACUGAAUAACUUUAUGAGCACCAAGUGCAAGGAAACUGGUGAGUUUCAUGACAAAAAGGGAACGGAACAAGAAUCAGAUUUUAAGGAAGAGACGAAAGUGAAUUUGGGAGAACAUUCUCUGGACAACCUAAAGGAGGUGCCCGAAGAGCCCCGCAGUGUGUUGGAGGAUAACCCGGACCUGUUUGACAACAUUCACAUCCAAGCUGAAGACCGAAACCUGGCCCUUUUGAAAGUCAUCACUGAACAAAAGGCUGAGGCUGAGAAACUGAAGGUUCAAAUCAGGAAGGUCACAGAAGAGAUGGAGAAGUUUCAUUGUGAAGCAUCACAGUCGAAGGCCUCUUUGCUGAAAGAUAUGGAACCAAAAUUAGAGGAAACUCGAUCUCAAGCAGAGACGUAUGAAAACGAAGCUGUCCUUCUAAGCGAACUCCUGGAUAAAGUAAAAACAGGGGUGGACAGCAUCUUCUCUGAAAUGUGCUGUGACCAAUCAGCAGUGAAGGAGACGCCUGGCUGCUCCUCUGAGAUCACAGAGAAUCACACCAUCAUCUGCCUGAGUCUUAUAAAUGAGAAGAUAAAUGAGCUCACUCUGCAGGCUUUCCUUCCUUCAAAGGAGAAGGACUCCAAUCAAACAGACCUGACCAAAAGCCUUCAAGAUCGCAAUGCAGAGCUCCUCGAACAAGACUUCACUACUCUGCCAUCUGUCAGCAGUUUGGAGCACGAUGCAGAAGAGCCUCCUGUCAGCUCUGAGGACGAACGUCCCCUUUCACGAGAGUGCCUACGCAGGAAAAUAAUAAAGCAUAUUCCUUGAUACAGAAAAGAGAGAGCUCAACCCCCACAAGGAGCAGAUGAACUCCAGAUUUAGUGGCAAACAUCUACGAGGAUGACCUCAUGUGGAAUCAGCAGUUAUAUGUUAUAAUAAACCAACAUGUUCACACUACA